AUGUCCUCGUUAACCAGCACUAUGGCAAUGGAGGGGGAACAGCGGGUUACCGCAGAAGAGAAGGUUGGCCAUAUUCUCAAGGCGUAUGCCUUGGGACAGCCUCUCUUCGCUCGCGACAUUCUUCAAGACCUCAGUCGUCAGAUCGAUCAGGGACGUGAGGAGGUGCACAUUGCAGACCUGGAUGGCGUUCCUCAGAAAUAUAGCCUCAAGGUUCCUGCCUGGUGUGCAGAUUGGGCGAACUCAUACCGCAUCUCCUACUGUAGCAUCCAAGCUAUGACCACCGUCAACCCUUUCAUGCCAGAUGAGAUCCUUCGUGACCAACCUCCAGUUGCGAUCUGCUACACCAGAAACGAUAAGAGACCCGAGAAUCCUCUGUAUGAAGUACGCAAGGCAUUUGACAAACAGCGCGAAGUAUGGCAGACUAGUGAGGCCUGCGAGGCUCUGCAGAAGCAACUUACCACUCUGAGGCUUUCUCGCCCGAUCAACAAGAUCGUCUGCUUUGGACUGGGCACCCUUGGCCGCUUGAACUCCCGCAGCGCGGCACGCUCCCACACCCAGCAUGCUGCCGUUGCAACCAUGGUGCAAGCACUGAAGGCGAGACAAGGCAACAGGAACAUGGAGAUAAGAUGUUUUGCGCAGGAUCCUGCAUACGACGAGGUCGAUAUCGCACUGCUUAGGAGCAUCGGCAUCACCCCGCUGGAUGAUCCAAAGGGGUUUCUUGCAGUCGACGAAUCCACGCUCGUCUUUUGCGUCAGCCCCAACGUGCCCGUGAAGCAGAUCAUUGCCGAUGUUCAGUGGCCCGCGGCGAUGAUUUGGAACACCGUCCGACCUUCCGAGCCAGAUGUUGCAGAGUGGGAACAGCGUGUGAAGAAUGGUCAGGUAACCUGGGUUUGCCCCUACACCACCGAUCCGGAUUCCUCGCGCGUACGCAAGAUGGACAAAGCACUGGGGCAUCAACACGGCUGCGAGCUUCCUCCAGAGCUGACGAAGAAAUGGCCCCUGGGCCUCGAUCGGAUCAAGGAACUGUGGACGUCAAAUGCGGAGGGCCAUCUCCUCGCAUUCUUGUGCUCCAUAGCAGAGAAGUAUGAGCCCGGCAACAGCAUCACUCAAUACUUUUUAUUCGGCCCGAGAGCCUUUCACAUUUUGCGGCCAGAGAAUGUGGAGGCGAUUCUUUCUACCAAUUUCAAAGGUGCGCAUGGCUACCUGCAUCAAUUCUACCUUUCUCACGCCCAUUUAGACUAUGGCUUUGGUGCAAGAGCAGCUAUAUUUGCUCCACUUCUGGGCAAUGGCAUUUUCACUCAAGAAGGUCCUGCCUGGAGACAUUCUCGAGAUCUUUUACGCAAACAAUUUUCUCGAGUCCAGAGCCGCAAUCUCGAACAUUUCCACGAGCAUGUUGACAACAUGGUAGCUCGCCUACCAUCGGAUGGAGUCGUCGAUCUUCAACCAUUGUUCUUUAACCUGACCCUCGACAUAGCUACAGCGCUUCUAUUCGGAAGAUCGGUAUACAGCCUAAAGGCUGGUAUUGAUCAGGACGCUGAUAACCGGCGCUUUGCCGAGAGCUUUAAUAUCGCCCAGGAAGGUCUAGCAAAGCGAUUUCGCAUCGCACCUUGGCACUUCCUCUACAACCCACCAGAAUUCCGAAAAGCUUGUGCGGACGUUCACCGAUUUGUUGAGCGGUAUAUCGAUCAGCUGGACUUACAAAACAGCGACGGCCUGGAUGAUAAAACCUACAGCUUUAUCAAGCAGGUAGCACAGGAGUCUGCCAGCAAGCAAGAUCUUCGCGAUCAACUACUCAAUGUGCUUUUAGCAGGAAGGGAUACCACAGCCUGUUGCCUUUCGUGGACAUUCCGGUUACUCGUUCGUCAUGAGGCGGUAAUGGUUCGCCUGCGACAGGAGAUAGCMUCGGUGAUGGGGGACUCUGUGCAUCCAACGAAGGAGCAAAUCAGAAAGAUGCCAUAUCUCUCCUGCGUCAUCAAAGAAAGCCUUCGUCUUUACCCUCCCGUUCCACUGAAUAACCGCGAAGCGAUUCGGACAACUAUUCUACCUACGGGCGGUGGCCCUGAUGCAGAUCGUCCUAUACUAGUCAGGAAAGGGGAGCUUGUUGUCUUUUCUCAAUAUGUGAAUUCACGCAAAAAGAAUAUCUAUGGUCCUGACGCAGACUGCUUCCGUCCUGAGAGAUGGGAAACUGGCGAGUUGGAUCAUAUCGGGUGGGCAUAUUUUCCCUUCAACGGAGGUCCGCGGCAGUGCCUCGGGGAGGAUUUCGCCCUGAUGGAAGUCUCUUACACGGUCGUGAGGCUAUUGCAGGCCUUUUCAUCAAUAAUCCUGCCAAAGGGGGAGCCGAUCAAGCCUGUUGGAAGCGAAAGGCAGCGCCUCACUCUUGUUCUUUCGAGUGCCGAUGGUUGUAGGGUGCAAAUCCAUUCCUACUAA